CUCCAUCUUGGACCGCGUUCUUUGAGAAGCUGGCGGAGGGAUCACCGGAGUUCUCGGGAGUGCAUCUUCGUGACAUGGAAGAUCAUGGACUCGUAGAUACGGCAGCCGCCCAGGCCCUGAUAGGUCAGCCGGACUUGGACACGAUGAUCUCGGCCUGGAAGGCCAAGGGCUACGUGAUUCAUGUAACGAAGGAAGACGACCUGCCGUGCGCCAAUGGAGUGGGAGGGAGAAUCCGUCCGAUCGCCAAGGCGGCGGUGCCGCUCUCGUUCGUGAAGUGCGGAGUCUUGGAGUUCCUGGUGCUACCUCGUGCGUGUCCGCCGUUGCUACCAGCUGGGUUUCUUGAGUUGCUCGGAGCUGUCAUUGAUAUGAUGAAGCUCAACGUUUUGAGAUUCGGAGAGGAUGGUGAACAUGGGAUUCCUAUGACCAGACUGCCCUCAGGACGCAGAUCAAUAGCGUUGAUUGGUAGGCCCUCGAAGGACUUCCGUUUGAGCCCCAGCCUCGAGAAUAAGUUUCCCAGUUUCACGCUGCCGAAGGGAGAGUUUCAGGAGACCACCUGGAUGACGAACCAGGUCGAGGGCCACCUGGACUUCUGGGAAAUGAUGUCAGAUCGCUGCCGUCUGCACCACGUGAGGCCGAGGCGAGAGCUAGUCGAUCCGAAGGCGGAGGUCAGCCUGCCCGUCAGUAUCCAGGAUCUCGACGAGCUCAGGGUCACGUGCUGUAAGUUCCGAGAUCAGCACGACACCUGGAUAGAGCACAUUUACGAGCACGAGUGGACCGGCCAGGACGGCGUGCUCAAGAUGCCGGUCUACUGGAUCGGCUACUCUGACUUCUUUCUGAAGUCCGACAUCGGACCGCAGGACUUGCAGCGGGUAGGUGGUGAGGGCAGGGGCGUUCAGCUUCCAGCUUUCAGUUGCCCGAGUGUGGUGAGGGCGACUCCCAAAUCUUCGAUGCAGAAGCGCCGCGUGUCCGGGAUUUUGUCCAAGACGCGCCGUCAUGCUCGACUGGCGGCCACGCGCCUCGCAUCCUCGGAUCUCGAGCCGGUCGACGAGGAGGACUCAGAGAUCGAGGCGAACUGGGACCUCCCUCCAGAUCCCUGGCAGGACUCCGAGCUGCAGCAGGUGAGCUACGAGGACUGCGAGCGGUCGGAGGUCGAGAAGAACCUGCUGAACGAGGGGGGCUACCUGCUAUCUCCACCAGCCCAUCGCUGGAGGAGGUGGGCACUGACUCUACUGGUGCUUCUCAGGUCUUGUGCGGAGUCCAGGCUGAUGGCGAGCUUGGCUCCUCGCUUGAAGCUGGGCGCUUGCCGGGAGAUCAGCGAGGAGGACUGCGAGCGUCCCUUGGAGGCGAGAGAGUGCCGCUCGAACCAGUAUGCGAGGUGGGUGAAGUGCAAGAAGUGCGGCGGUCGACUCGAGACGGCCCGAUUCCCAGCCGAGGAGAAGAUCCAGAUGGAGAUCGAGAGGGAGGCGAAGCGCGACGGCAUCAAGCAGGAGUGGGCGCGCAAGGAGACCGAGCAGAUGGAGGUGAAGAUGGGCAUCGCCGUCAGGAACGGAGACUACCAGCAGGCGGAGAAGGUGCCAGUGCGAAGGCCGCCACACAGCCCAGGGUCUUCUUCGAACAGCAGCCCGGGGCAAGUGACGCCACUCAAGACCAGGAUGAGGCCGAUUUGCGAGGGAAUCCCAGUGAUGCCCGCACCGGGCAACAUCAUGAAGGCGCCGCCUGCGGGAUGCGGCCCCGCCGCCGUCAAGAGUCCUCCAGCCCGCAGGGUCGAGGCGAACGGCCGCAGCGCGGAGUUCACCGAGCUUCUCAAGAACCAGGAGAGCAAUCGAGCAGAGAUUACCCAGUGGAUGAUGGAGCAGCGCCAGCAGACGGACGGGGCACGCGCCCAGUUCAGGGACCUCAUGACGAUGAUCAGCUCCAGAUUGACCAGAGCGGCAAGCAGCAGGGGGCCAGCCCCCGAGGCGAUGAAGGUCGAGGGCGACGACGAGCGCUAA